AUGUUCAAUAAGAUAUUCAGUAAACUCCCUCGAAAGUCAUCGAAAGGUUCCGAACACGGUGGAAGUGGAAAAAGCCAUCAUGGGGUUACCAGUUCUUCGAAGAACAGUGAUUCUGUUAGUGUUACUCCAGUUGGCACCAGACCCGGGAAUUCUUCCUCUGCAGGACAGAAUCAUGGUAACAGAGUUCCAUUACCGAAGGUUGUGAAUGAGAACAAUAUUCACAACAACCCCAGUAACGGGAAUUUUGGUUCCUAUGAGGCAUUGCCUACAUUCAGAGAUGUUCCCUCUUCUGAGAAGCCUACUUUGUUUGUCAAGAAGCUUAGAAUGUGUUGUGUGGUGUUUGACUUCACAGACCCUACCAAACACCUCAAGGAGAAGGAGAUUAAGAGACAGUCCUUGGUGGAACUCUUGGAUUAUGUGACUUCUGCUAAUGCUAAGUUCGCCGAGAAUGUGAUGCAGGAGGUUGUGAAAAUGGUGUCUACAAACAUAUUCAGGACACUCAGUCCUCAGCCACGCGAGAAUAAGAUUGUUGAUGGUGUUGAUGUGGAGGAGGAGGAGCCUUCAAUGGAUCCUGCUUGGCCUCAUUUGCAGAUUGUCUAUGAGCUUUUUCUGCGGUUUGUGGCAUCACCUGAACUGGAUGCGAAGUUGGCGAAGAGAUACAUUGAUCAGUCCUUCAUUUUGAAGCUGCUGGAUUUGUUUGACUCUGAGGAUCCGAGGGAGCGCGAGUAUUUGAAGAUGACUCUGCACCGUAUCUAUGGCAAAUUCAUGGCACAUCGCCCUUUCAUCCGGAAGGCCAUCAACAAUGUGUUCUUUAAUUUUAUUUUUGAGACUGAGAAGCAUAAUGGGAUUGCUGAGUUCUUGGAAAUUCUUGGGAGCAUCAUCAAUGGUUUUGCACUGCCAUUGAAGGAAGAGCAUAAACUGUUUCUUGUUCGCAUACUGAUUCCUCUGCACAAGCCAAAGUGCUUGGCAAUGUAUCAUCAACAAUUGUCUUAUUGCAUUACUCAAUUUGUGGAGAAAGACUGCAAACUUGCUGAUACAAUUAUCAGGGGGCUAUUGAAGUACUGGCCCAUAACAAAUAGUUCAAAGGAAGUUAUGUUCCUGGGUGAGUUAGAAGAAGUCUUGGAAGCAACUCAACCCCCAGAAUUCCAGCGUUGUAUGGUGCCAUUAUUUCGUCGUAUUGCCCGCUGUUUGAAUAGCCCUCAUUUUCAGGUGGCAGAAAGAGCUUUGUUCUUGUGGAACAACGAUCACAUCAUGAACUUGAUCAAGCAAAACAGAAAAGUGAUACUGCCCAUCAUCUUCCCUGCAUUGGAAAGAAAUGCUAGAAGUCAUUGGAACCAAGCUGUUCAUAGUUUGACCUUAAAUGUGCGGAAGAUUUUUAAUGAUGUCGAUGCUGAUCUAUCCAAAGAAUGUUUACAAAAGUUUGAGGAAGAUGAGUCAAAGGAAAAUGAAGUCAAAGCAGGGCGUGAAGCCAUGUGGAAACGUUUAGAGGAGCUUGCCGCGAAGAAAGCUGCAAGUGGAGAAGCAGUGCUUAUUGGUAAAGCACCAACUCGCACCCCUGCAGGUUAG